GCCGCUGCGUGUUUAGUUGCGUUCGCAGCACGACCAAGAAUAGGCGUCACAGUGAUGGUUCCCGCCUGAAAGUUUUAUCUUGUUUGCUCGGUGGUUGUACCGUUCCAUACUCGUGAGCGGUCAGCAAGUUGUGUAACUCCAUUGUGUUUUUCUUUGAAUUGGUACGCCUAUCACUGCAUAUUAUCUUAUAUGGAAGAAAUAAUUUUCAAGAUUUCAGUACUCCGCUCGAUCCCGAGUCGUAAACCUGUGCGCGUAAUUUAUAUUUAAUUUAGAUAUUUAACACGUUAUCACCUGACAUGACGUGAGACUUUAUAUCGAUAGUGAGUGAGAUAAGUUAAAAGAUAACCAAAAAUGGGCAAUGGAUGUGUUUGUUUUGGCAAAAAAUCGGUUUCACACAUGAGGUUAUGAGUGUUUUUUUUUCUGCAGUUGGGAUUUUAUGCGUGUUACAAAAAACAUUAAGUGAAGAGUUUCGUGUUUAAACGUAAUAUACGUAUGAGUGAUGCGUCUGCGCGGCGAUGCAAGUGUUGCGUUAGGACUAUUUUCGUAGCACGGAAAUAAGAGCGGCAAAAGGAGCAAAAAGUCGAGAUCGUCUGAAAAACUUUAGGACGUAGUGUCGAAUGUAUUUCUGUCGGUUGUAAACCGAUGUCUACAACACUUGUGGAAAGAAUUAAGCAUUGUAAGAAGUAUUCCCUAAAAUGAAGAAGAGGACUUUAUCAAAGCUCAAGUCGAUAUUUGGCUCCAAGAAAGGCAAACGGCAACUUCAACAAGAGCAUUCUUCGAAGUCUUCACGUUCACCGUCUCCAGAGCCGGUGGGGGCGGCGUCCCCGGUUCCCGGCCCCAACGAUGAUUCAUUCCGGCCGAUCCUCAGGACUCCGCCGCCGAGUCGAGCCGGGCCGCCGCCUUCACCGCCGGUGCCCACGCACCCCGUGGCCCCGGUCGCUCCAGAACCAGCUGCGCCCCUGCCUCUUAUGCCAUGUGCUGUCUGCGGACGGACCUUCGUCCCACAGUCACUGGCGAAACAUGUUAAGAUAUGUGAAAAGAUGACGGUGAAGAAAAGGAAAACUUUUGACUCCUCCAGACAGAGGCGAGAAGGGCUGACCGCGGCGAACGGUGCUAAAUCCGGCACAGAUUUGGAGCAGUAUUUGCCAAAGAACUUCGGUCUUCCAGAAAACAGUCCGUUCCUAGAGAAAAGUCCGCCAAACACUGCGAAGCCGACGCCAAAGCCUAAGCCACAGUCCGUCAGAAACGCUAUCACGAAGCCAAUGGCGGAACUGCAAAGAUGUCCGCACUGCAACCGCGCGUUCGGCGUGCGCGCGUUCGAGCGCCACGUGGAGUGGUGCGCCGACAAGGCCAAGAUCCUGCCCGCCGCGCCCGCGCAGCCGCCGCAGCACAUCGCCGACGCCAAGCAGCGCCUCAACGCGCGCACGCAGUACAAGGCGCCGCCCGUGCGCGGACGACGGUCCUCACAAACUCGCGACAAGUCAUCGAACAGUAGAUCAGCAUCCGUGGACUCCUCCCGCGGGGUAUCUCCUCCGCAGCCACGGGAAUAUGGCGACUACAAACAAGGACGUUCAAGAGCCUCAGAGUCGGUAUCUAGCAACGACUGUCACGAAGAGGCGUCACCACACAUGCCAGUGAUACGAAACUCUCGUAACUCUCAGAACAGCUCCUCAGGCGAUGCCAACGUUAAGGCAAGGCAAGCCAGAUUAGCUAGGGAUCUUAGCAGCUCCAGGCUUGACGACAAUUACGAUCCAUUUGUAUCUGCUGCUAGGCAAAUGAAAGAACUUAUGUCGUCCGACACAAACAUUCCUAAAAAAAUACAAACUACAAAGGACCAUAGUAGAACCCUUCCCGCCCUCCAACCUGCCAAGGAUAAAGGUCCCUCUUCGUAUCUUCGAUCUGAUAACAGCAAAAUGAUUAAAGAUACAAUCAAUAAAACAUACCAGAAAACACCAACACUGCAAAGAAUGAAAUCUUUCGGCAGCACAAACAAUGAAAAUAGUAAUAACAAGUUCGGUGAUAGGUGCAGCUCAUUUAGAUUAAACAGAAAUGACAAAAAACCUAGUCCAAAAUUAAAUACAACAUUUACAAAGUCCAGUAAGGAAAACAUUAGUACAGUAGAAAAGAAUUAUUUUAAUAGAAAUAGCAACUUAAAUAGGUCGUUCUCUAGUUACACAGCUUCGAGCUAUAGCACACCAAAACCUAAAGAAAAAAUCCCUAAAAUUGCAACAUCAAUGUACCAUAGUUUUCAACGCACAACUAUAAAACAACCGGUCAAGUUAGACAAAAUAAAGAGAGACGAUGAAAAGAAAGACUUCGUCAAUCUCGAUGCCAUACUUGCUGAUGACAAUUCUUCUAUGACUGAUAGUAACUAUAUUGAUCCGAGACUCAUUAAUGAAAAUGACAAUCUUCCUAUUAACGUUAAUACCAUAUUAAAUAAUCCAGAUAUCAUCAGCAGUAUGGAAUCUCUUCUCACCACUGAAAACUUACCAAAAAGAUUUGAAUCAUUUAAUACUGUUAACCAAAAUAAUAACAAAAAUGUCAACAAUAAUAUAACUGCUGUCUGUAACAAAACCCACAAAGAUGAGCCCAAUAACAAUAUUAGCAAAACCACUGCCCCAACAACUGAUGAUUUGAGCAUUCAAUAUGAUAAAAUAAUGUAUUCUCUAGAACAAAGCAUAGCUUCUAAGACCUCUACUAGAGACGACGAUUCUCUGUGUGAGGACUUUGAUCUCGAAGAAUUCAUGACAUCAUUUGAUGAAGAAGUACAUAAACAGAGACUAGAAAACAAACGUACAUGUAGCUCCACCACUAGGAUAGUUAAGCAGUCCGAUCUUCUCGACAGCAAUAGGACAUCAGAAUUCAAUAGUAUUAGCUCGUCUCCCAAAGUUAUUAAUGGUAUGAACCCAGUUAACAAAUCAAUGUCUCUCAAUUUUAGCAGUAACAAUGUAGUCAGUGAGAGCCUUUUCCCAUCCUCUGUGAAACGAUCCACUUCCCUCCUCGAUUCCAUUCAAAAGAAGAAUACACUGAAGAUGGACAGCGCUAAGAGUCGCCAUAAAACGGACCAACUCGAACAAGACCUUAUGCAGUCCCUUAAAGAUUUUGACAAAUUCUACGAAAAUGAGAAGAACGAAAAUCACUCCAGUAAAGAGCUGAGUCGUGAAAUGAGCAUUAACGGUUCGGCAAAACGAGAGACGCGAAUCAAGUCUGAACGGAAGACUAGGAAAAUUGAAAAUGUUACCAAUGGGAACCACACGCCGAAUGGAAAGCAGAGUAAUGAUUCAGCUUAUAGCAGGUUAGUCAGCUUAAACAGGAUAUCUCCAUCGAAACUUUCACUGUGUACUUCCAAGGAUCCCAACGGACUGACGUCUUUAGAACAAAUCCCGGCGGGUUCGGACUCGAGCGGCAGUCACAAGGAGGACGUGCGCUCUAUCUCUAGCGACGAGUUCCUCGCGAUGGAGCGCUCGGCGGAACUGGACGAACCGCUGCCUCCGCCAGACUUACUUUAUAAGGAACAGGAUAAUCAUAUCAGCGAGGCUCGAGCGAGUUCCCGCGCGAGCGGCGCGUGGCGGGCGCACGGGUCGCUGAGCUCGAGCGGGUCGGAGGCGUCGCUGGCGCGGCGCCGCGAGCCGGCGCGCGCGCGGCCCUCGCGCUUCUGCCACGAGUGCGGCAACAAGUUCCCCGUCGACACCGCCAAGUUCUGCAUCGAGUGCGGCGUCAAGCGGCUCGUGGUCUAACGGCGUCGCACACUUCUAGUCGUGUAAGUAGUGCCGCUCUAUGUAGGCGUACUGGUCAUAAGUAUUAGCGCCACGACACUGUGGAGGAUACGUGCGCGUGUCUUACCGCAAACUAUCCAUAUCCAGCAUAUGAUGUUGACGAAAUAACAGUUAAGUAUUGAUAUCAUGUUAAUACGUAUCACUUAAACUUAAUUGUUCACUUUGUACAGAUGUCAGAGUAUGUUUUGUAGGAUACCAAACAAGCAAUGUGUUCUUUUUAUAAUUUGCGUGCUAAAACGUUUUAUAUGAGUUUAUUGUUGAUGACAAAGGUGCGGUGAUGCACCAACUGUAGAAGCCAAGAAUGAAAAAUACACUAUUGUAUUACACAUUACAUUAUUUAAUAAAGAAUCUGUUUGUUAAUCUAAUGAUUAUUUGUUAUACAUUUACCUCAAAACUGAGAAGUAUAUUUUUAUACUUGGUAAAAUCUACUGUAUUUGUAUGCACAAAUCAAGAAUCUUGGACCAUUAUCUAGAUAUAAAUUGACAACUUAAAGUAAUGUGUAAAGGUAUCUAUAAAAUAAUAACGUAAUAUUAUUUACAAAACGUUACCAAAAUGCUAUAAUUUAUGAACUAAUUUGUGCCUUCAUAAUUAACUAAAAUAUUUAUAAUAUCCUGUAUUCUGUUGGUAUGAUCUGUUAUUUAGUUUGCGAAGUUUUAAUUUCUGUUGCAACGUUUUUGUCAAAAUGUAUGAACUGGCCAGGGUAGCCUUGGAAAUUGUAAUUAAUAUCUGUGAUACACGAACAACAUUGGGUAGAUCAAAAAUCUUAAUUUGAAUAAUUUCAAAAAUAACUUUUAAGUGCCAAUUUCUUUACGUAAUUUGGGUUUUGAAUGGAAUAUUGUGUACAUGUUUAAUUUUUGAUUUGCUAUUGUUAGCGAAUACCAUUUUAUUUUUUUAAUAAUUUUGAUUACCCUUCCAAGGAUUUCCAUUAACGUCUCUUGUCCACAACAUAGUUGGCCAUUUUAACAAGACUGAUUUUAUUUUCAAAGUUUUCGAACUUGAUUAAUCCUUAGUUACUGUUGUAUAUUGUUUUUAAUAAAAAUAACGAUUUUAUCAUGUAAUAAAUUAACAUUUUAAUAAUGAUA